GCAAAUUGUCAGGAACCGGGAGAUUGCAGGCAGCCCUUGUGGUUGACUAGAAAUCGAUUUCCAUCUCUCAGACACUAGUUAGAAUGGGCUGUGUGUUCUGGAAGGGGGUGGAAGUAAGGAGGAGGAGGUGCUGUGAGCAGAGUUCUUGAAGCUCCACUCCUCUGGGGAAGCCGAGCCGUGAGGGGGACUCCUGACUGAGCGGAGCGUGUGAAUUGGAAAGGAUCCUGCUAGCUGGCUAGUCCCAGUUCCUCUCCAGAAAAGCAGUUGCUCUGGCUUCAGAGAUGUGCCUAGCCUUCGCCUGCAUCACACUGCAUGCUUUAAUACGUUAUUGAAACUACAAACCCAUAUCCACAGUGGUCUCAUUGUUGACAGAUUGCAUAUUUUGAAAGCUUGAGGUAUUUUAUAAUGAAACAUGUGGAAACUUUGAAGCAUAAAUUCUGCCAAACAUCUGAAUAAAGAAUUUCUCACCUGGUGUGUAAGAGAUCUCCUCACCACCACCAUGACAAACCAGGAAAAAUGGGUCCAUCUCAGCCCCUCAGAAUUUUCCCAGCUUCAGAAAUAUGCUGAAUAUUCUACAAAGAAAUUAAAAGACGUUCUUGAAGAAUUCCAUGGUAAUGGUGUGCUUGCAAAGUAUAAUCCUGAAGGGACAAUAGAUUUUGAAGGUUUCAAGCUAUUUAUGAAGACAUUCCUGGAAGCCGAGCUUCCUGAUGAUUUCACAACACACCUUUUCAUGUCAUUUAGCAACAAGUUUCCUCAUUCUAGUCCAAUGGUAAAAAGUAAGCCUGCUCUCCUCUCAGGUGGUCUGAGAAUGAAUAAAGGUGCCAUCACCUCUCCCCGUACUUCUCCAGCAAAUACGUGUUCCCCAGAAGUAAUCCACCUGAAGGAUAUUGUCUGUUACCUGUCUCUCCUUGAAAGAGGAAGACCUGAGGAUAAACUGGAGUUUAUGUUUCGCCUCUAUGACACGGAUGGAAAUGGCUUCCUGGACAGCUCGGAACUAGAAAAUAUCAUCAGUCAGAUGAUGCAUGUGGCAGAGUACCUUGAAUGGGACGUCACUGAACUUAAUCCAAUCCUUCAUGAAAUGAUGGAAGAAAUUGACUAUGAUCAUGAUGGAACAGUCUCUCUGGAGGAAUGGAUUCAAGGAGGCAUGACAACAAUUCCACUUCUUGUGCUCCUGGGCUUAGAAAAUAAUGUGAAGGAUGACGGACAGCAUGUGUGGCGACUCAAGCACUUUAACAAACCUGCCUACUGCAAUCUUUGCUUGAACAUGCUGAUCGGCGUGGGGAAGCAGGGCCUCUGCUGCUCCUUUUGCAAGUACACAGUCCAUGAGCGCUGCGUGGCUAGAGCACCUCCUUCUUGCAUCAAGACUUACGUAAAGUCCAAGAAGAACACUGAUGUGAUGCAUCAUUACUGGGUUGAAGGCAACUGCCCAACCAAGUGUGAUAAGUGCCACAAAACGGUUAAAUGUUACCAGGGCUUGACAGGACUGCAUUGUGUUUGGUGUCAGAUCACACUGCAUAAUAAAUGUGCUUCUCAUCUGAAACCUGAAUGUGACUGCGGACCUUUGAAGGACCAUAUUUUACCACCUACAGCAAUUUGUCCAGUGGUACUGGAAAGACAAGCAACAGUGAAAAAGGAAAAGGGUGGUUUCCAGCUGUCAAACAAAGUGAUUGACAAGAACAAAAUGCAAAGAGCCAACUCUGUUACUGUGGAUGGACAAGGCCUACAGAUCACUCCUGUUCCUGGUACUCAUCCACUUUUAGUUUUUGUGAACCCCAAAAGUGGUGGGAAGCAAGGAGAACGAAUUUACAGAAAAUUCCAAUAUCUGCUAAAUCCUCGUCAGGUUUACAGUCUUGCUGGAAAUGGACCAAUGCCAGGGUUAAGCUUUUUCCGUGAUGUUCCUGAUUUCAGAGUGUUAGCCUGCGGUGGAGAUGGAACCGUGGGGUGGAUUUUGGACUGCAUAGAAAAGGCAAAUGUAGUCAAGCAUCCUCCAGUGGCUAUUCUGCCUCUCGGGACCGGCAAUGAUCUAGCAAGAUGCCUGCGAUGGGGAGGAGGUUAUGAAGGUGAGAAUCUGAUGAAAAUCUUAAAAGACAUUGAAAACAGCACAGAAAUCAUGUUGGACAGGUGGAAGUUUGAAGUCAUACCUAAUGACAAAGAUGAGAAGGGAGACCCAGUGCCUUACAGUAUCAUCAAUAAUUACUUUUCCAUUGGCGUGGAUGCUUCCAUUGCUCACAGAUUCCACAUCAUGAGAGAAAAACACCCAGAAAAAUUCAAUAGUAGAAUGAAGAACAAAUUUUGGUAUUUUGAGUUUGGCACAUCUGAAACUUUCUCAGCCACCUGCAAGAAGCUACAUGAAUCUGUAGAAAUAGAAUGUGAUGGAGUACAGAUUGAUUUAAUAAACAUCUCUCUGGAAGGAAUUGCUAUUUUGAAUAUACCAAGCAUGCACGGAGGGUCCAAUCUUUGGGGAGAGUCUAAGAAAAGACGAAGCCAUCGCCGAACAGAGAAAAAAGGGUCUGACAAAAGGACCACGCUCACAGAUGCCAAAGAGUUGAAGUUUGCAAGUCAAGAUCUGAGCGAUCAGCUGCUGGAGGUGGUUGGCUUGGAAGGAGCUAUGGAGAUGGGACAAAUAUACACAGGACUGAAAAGUGCUGGGCGGCGGCUGGCUCAGUGCUCCUCUGUGGUCAUCAGGACUAGCAAGUCUCUGCCGAUGCAGAUCGAUGGGGAACCAUGGAUGCAGACCCCAUGCACCAUAAAAAUUAUGCACAAGAACCAAGCCCCGAUGCUGAUGGGCCCUCCUCCAAAAACCGGGUUGUUCUGCUCCCUCAUCAAAAGAACAAGAAACCGAAGCAAGGAAUAAUCCUGUAUCUUUUCAUUCUUAGAGAUUUAAUUAGCAUAAUUGGGCCAUGGAACACUUAUGCUGGAAAUCGUUGAACAAUUUCAAGUCUCCUGCUCAUGCAAAAUCAUGGAAUUGGUUUAACAGUUUUUGUUACUGAGCUAAUGUAAAAUCCAGCUAUUAGAAAAUUUAAUGUCUCAGUUUUUAUAAGCAUCUUUGCAUGAAGAAAGCAAAAGUUUACAUGAAGUGAUACUGCCUAUUUUUGUUGCAUGCAUUCCCAUAAAUUUUUUCAUCUCCUACCCAUUCCUUCUCCAAUUUCCAUUUACUAACCUGUAAAAAAAACCUGUACAACAAAAAAAGGAAAUAUCACGGGAAAUGUGAUUCCAGUUAUUAAUAAGCACUACUUAAUAAUGCUACAAUAAUCAUAAUUGCAGAUUGCUAUACUUUUCCCUUUAGAAUCAAACAGUAUAUCAAUGAUCUUUGACCUGUGAGUUGAGGAGAAGCUUUUAAUUGAAAGGUUUUGUUAAAUAGUUGUCUACUUGCUGUAUCUAAGUAGUUUUUCUUCGACAUCUUGAUGCUUCUGAGUGGAAUUUAAGAUAUCAGGUAUAAAGUAUUCUUAUGCUAAGAAGUAGGAAGUGGUUUUUAGUUUGUUUAGUUUUGUUUUUAAUUCCAGGCAUAAGUGGAAAAAUAUUACUUGGCAGUAAAGUAUGUUAACAUGGCAAGCCUUAUUCCCUUCUGCAUGUGAAUUUAGAAGAAAAUUCUUAAUCACAACAGUAACCAAAUAGAUGUUUGAAACUAUGUGCCUAAUAAACUGUGUUUCCCACCAAAGAUUCAGAAAAA